AUGACUUCACAGAGUGUUUGGAUUAUUCGAUACUUGCUAUUAUCAGUAGUGCUGGGUAUCGGUCAUGCAAAUUCCACCGAGCUGCAGCAGCCGGAGGACAGUGGUGAUCGUCAAAAGCGAUCACUUGUUUUCACCUUCAACAGUGCCACAGGAAUCUUGAUUGCCCUCUCGGUGCCACUGCUGAUUACGGGACGCAACAUUUUUGUGGCCUACAACUUUGAGGCCAACUACGGUAUGCCGAUCGAAAGUACGGAUUAUACGCAAGGAAUACUGAAGAAAGGUGACAACGAUCAGAUUAACGCCCCCGAAGGGGAGGCCCGAGAUCGUGUGCGGCGAGAGUUACGGCCCGUGCAUCCUACUCCAUCCCGGUUUACACGAAAAAAGCUAUACCGUAUGAUCGAGCUCAACCUAACCCGGUACGGGUUCGAUGGUAAAAAGUGUAUCCUGCGUAUGAUCUGUGAGCUUGCGAGCUGGCCAGUGCACGAGGGCAACGGUGUCUUUGGUGAUAUCAUGCAGCUUCUAUUCACACCGUCAAGCACACAGUAUGAGAAGCUUCCUGGAGAGUUUUAUCAUGCCGAAGAAUUAGGAGCCCAGCGUAAUUGUCGCAAGUACCGAAAGUAUUGCCCGAAGGAUCCUCUAGAAGCAAUCAGUAGGUUCUUGUGA